AUGCUUCCCGGAAUGGGUCUUGUGAAAGAGAUUUUUGAACCAAUGAUUGAGGUACUUCUGCAACAGCUACGCAGUAAGAAGGUUCGAGUGGAGGAGAUAUGGUCCAUCGACAUGCCUCUAUGCGGCGAAACUGCCCUUGCGAACCCCGUGGGGUAUGCGUACGGCAACGAAAAAGACAUAACGCGCGAUCUCCUUAUGUUCAUCACAGGAUACCUUCCCGUGCAGCCGCAUCAAGAUCUACCCGGCAGCCUGCCAUUUCGUGCUCCAGGGUUCGAGGGGAGGCAAGCUACUCGGCCGAAUCUCCACGCCGUAGCUCACAGCUUGGGUGCGCAAGCUGCUAUGCUUUUUGCGGCCCAUGCACCAGACAUCUUUUCCAGCUUGUCGGUGAUGGACCCAGCUAUGAUUCCCGGAGGCAAAAUUGUGGAAGCUUUCGCCAAAGUACCAAAAGAGCUAUUUUGUAUGCAACUAAAAGAACAGCAUUCUAGCCGCGAGGAUCUUGCUACUGCAUUAAAGGCGAACAAGCGCGUUGUAGAUGCUGGCGAUGGCAGCAUCAGGCUCAUAGCACAGCCACGGCUGGAGUGGGCACUGUAUUAUGACAAAGAGACGCCAACACACUGCUACGACAGACUCAAAGAUAUCACCACGCCAUUCAACGCCAUUAUGCCAACUAAACCAUUUGCGGUCCCGCCAAAGAUGUUCGAGGCAGAUGUUGCCGCCAUGAAGCAGGACACACGAAUUACCUGGCUACCGAAAACAACUCAUCAGAUGCCGUUCGAACGAGUGGACCAGUGUGCGAAACUUAUCGCGGAAUGGCUCCAUGAUCGUGGCAAUGCUAAGAGCGAGAAGGCUCGCCUGUAA